CAUCCAUCCUGCCUGCUCUCUCUCUCUCUCUCUCUCUCUCUCUCUCUCUCUCUCUCUCUCCCUCUCCACCUCGCCGCUUCAGACAGGCUUGUGCGUUUGUCGGGGUUGAGGGGGUUUGAGUUGUCAGCUCGAGGAGGGAACAUGCAGCAUCCCGGAGGAACAUGCGUGGCGUUACCCAACGUGGAUGCCUGCCCUCAGCUGUCCUGCGCAGCCCUUACCUUUAUGUAUUUACAGCAGGGUAACCAGGACACACCAGCACCCCCGGACCCAUCCAUGGCACAGGCUUACCAAUCAGCCCAGUUUGCCCCCCCUCCCCAGAACGGCAUCCCAGCUGAAUUCACAGCUUCACAUCCCCAUCCGCAUCCACACUCCCACACACAUCCACAUCAGCACCCAGCAGCACCACAGGACUACUCUGCAGUCCAGGCCUCCGUCAGCGAGCAUCCACUCAACAUGUACCAGUCCUCACAAAGCCACAGCGAGCAAAGUGGGUCAGACUCCGGCAGUCAGACAGUCACCGGCACAGCCACAACAGAUGAUGCUGCGCAGACAGACAGUCAGACGCCAACACAGACUGUACCCGAAAGCACAGACAGCAAGACCCAACCCAAGAGACUUCAUGUCUCCAACAUCCCCUUCAGGUUCAGAGACCCAGACCUCAGGCAAAUGUUUGGCCAAUUUGGCAAAAUCUUAGAUGUGGAAAUCAUCUUCAACGAGCGCGGUUCUAAGGGUUUCGGGUUCGUAACGUUCGAGCAUAGCGUGGAUGCCGACAGGGCAAGAGAGAAAUUACAUGGCACCGUGGUAGAAGGCCGUAAAAUAGAGGUCAACAAUGCAACAGCCCGAGUAAUGACAAAUAAGAAGACUGUCAACCCAUAUGCAAAUGGCUGGAAGUUAAAUCCAGUGGUCAGCGCUGUCUAUAGCCCAGAAUUCUAUGCAGUACCAGGUUUUCCCUACCCAGCAGCCAGUGCAGCAGCAGCGUACAGAGGAGCCCACCUACGAGGUCGAGGACGGACCGUGUACAACACAUUCAGGGCGGCUGCUCCGCCUCCACACAUCCCGGCAUAUGGAGGUGUUGUUUACCAGGAUGGAUUUUAUGGUGCAGAUAUUUAUGGUGGUUACGCUGCCUACAGAUAUGCCCAACCUACUGCUGCCACAGCUGCUGCAUACAGCGACAGUUAUGGACGAGUAUAUGCUGCUGACCCCUACAACCACACACUCACUCCAGCAGCCACAUACAGCGUUGGUGCCAUGAACGCGUUCGCCCCGCUGACAGAUGCCAAAACUCGGAGCCAUGCUGACGACGUGGGGCUGGUGCUGUCCUCUCUCCAGGCCAGUAUAUACCGGGGAGGUUACAGCCGCUUCGCACCCUAUUAGCGACACCUCCAACACCUAUACUCAACCUUCCAACAGGACAGAAAGGAAAAUGCGUGCGUGCGUGAAUGUGUGAGCGAAUGACGACGACGGACGACGAAAGAAAGAACGAGGAAAGAUGUUACUGAGGCCUGGGUAUUGCAAUACAUGCAGUUUGUGCAUCAUUUCAGCAUCUCCUAAGAGAGAAGUACAAAAUAAAAAUCAAAAAAGUAAAAAAGAAGAAGAAAAUGACAGCUGAUAUUUUUCAUCUUAUACCUCAGAUAUUUUGUGCUGUGUAUUUUGAUAUUGUGGGUUUUUAAUUUCUAAAGAUUUAAACAUAGUUUAUUAGCUGUAGAGGUUUUUUCCAUGGUACUAAUAGAGAGCUGCUAGAGUAAUGAUUAGGACACAAAGGAAAUAUUUAUCAAAGUCAUAUUGUUGGGGGCUUGUAUAGAACUCCAAUCCUGUAAGAUAAGUCAUAGUCACACUUUGGGGUUUUUAUGUUUUGUAAGAGUGUUAAAGUGGCUAUGCUACUCAAGUGUUGUUGUUGUUUUUUUUGUUUUCAUUUUUUGUUCUGAGCCCUCUUUGACACUACUUUCGCUGUCAAAUUAGCAGCAGUAGAUUUUUUUUUUAUCUAUUUAUUUCUUUUCCCGUUUGGUUUGGGAGGAAGUGAAGAAGCCUUGGAAUCAUGAACACUGAACAAAAGGCUGGAUUGGUAAGUCGGAAAAGCUGAGAGCAGCAUGAUUGCUAUGUUUUAAUCCCACCGUCUUGAAAUAACAACUCUAUCUGGAGAACAAACUGUUUCCUUGUGAAUGCAACUUUUACUGUGCUGUACAUGCUCACUGUUGGUUUAACAAACCGAGAUAUUGGUCCUUUCUCAAGACAAAAUCCUAUGUAGCGUCUGCGCACUCUGAAAUUAACAUGCAUUGUAGCCCAGUUUGGUGUGCUUUUGCUUUGCAUUCACCGAGAAAGAAGUUUUUUUUUCCGUUGUUGUAUAACAAUUCACCAGAAUGCGGGAAAUUAAGUGCUUGAUUUUCAAUUUCAAUUUUCAAAUUAAAUCCCAUGACCUCUAGCUUAUUCAGCAAACAUGUAUAAAAAUAAAUAAAAUGACACAUUAUGUAUAUAUUAAAAAUGCAUUUUUUUUAUCAGAAUUUACAAUUUCAUAUCCUAUAUUGGCAUGAAUAUAUUAACAAUGUUGCCAAGGCAUUGACAAUGUUGUAAUAAUAAUAAAAAAAGACAGAAAACUAAAUACAUAACACAUGAUUUUAAAAAUAAAGAAGCAGAAUGAUAAAAAGAAACAAAAGAAUGGAAACUUUGCUUGUCAUAAUUUCAGAAUGGGAGCAUUACCCAGCUAACAUUAAACAUCCAUCAUCAUUUUUCUACUAAAUCAGGUUGAAUUGUCAAAGACUGGAAUACCAACUGAGCAAAGCAGGCGACUGCCACUGGUACCCUCCAAAGGACUUUUUAUAACAGCACAUUCCAAUGACACAGCAAGGGGCAAGUCAUGUCUUCACUGAUCACUUAAUGGUGAUCAAGCAUUGCUUUGUUUAGCUCAUGUUAAUACACACAGUUGCUUGUUGCACAUAUCAGUCCCUCCAGGAUUUCCGGGCAUUUUUCGAGAUUGUUGCGGCCUAAAAUGCCUGAAUUCGUAUGAUCUGUCAUCCGCUCAUUUCAGCCAUUCUCCUUAUAUGUUUGUUUUAGAAAAGUGUUUCUCAAUUGAUGAUAAUUUUUCUUUUACAUUCCACCACAAUAUUGCACGGGGGGGCAAACAGUUUGCCUCCGCUUUCAUGAAGAGCAUCAGGGAAUUGCUUUGCAUGGGCUUCAGCAAUCAUUUUUGUUGGUAAAUGAGAGACAUCUUCAAACCAUAAACAAGGAAGUGAAUCCGGCGUCGUGCUUGCAUUGCAUUUGCGCUGGGGACCGCUAUGAUUGGUGGAACUCAUGGGAGGUGGGCCAGAAUUGCAAAAAAGCUGUGGUGAUUGGACAAAAUUGCAAGGUCACGCAAAGUUCGCGGAGAUUGGUUGAAUUUGUGUGGACUGGUGCGAUCACAACAUCGAGAAUUCGUGGAGGGACUGACAUAUAUUACACUCAACACCAAACUUAGCUGUUAGCAUCCAGCAAAAACCCAUAUACCCAACAACCGGCAACAGCAGUUCCGAUGGCUACAUUGCUUGGACAAGCUAACGUAAUUCGUCACAAUUACAAGAUAAACACCCGUAAUUACACAAUGCUGAUCCAUUACCACGUCAUGAGGUCUUUUUUCCAUUGGUGAAUACAGUGCAUUUUGGUAAUAAAAGUUUGUUCUUUUCAUAAUAACAAAAUGUUGUUUCUGUAAUGAUGGCAUUUUCUCAAGAUCUCAUCAUUUCUAAUGACCCUGAAAUUACAGAGUGAUUAAGUCAUGAUCUGUAAUAUAAAUAACAUUGCAACAGUUAGUAGCAAACACAGCUGCUCACAGCUUUCAUGGAGGACAAAAGUGAAGUUUGGUUUUCUUUUCUUUUCAGUAAAGAGGGUGUCAUUAUUCAGCCUGAAGAUUUAUUGACCAACAUAAUUUGGGUAUAUCUUAGAUCACUUUAAGCCAAAGGUGUUUGGUGGACGUAUCUGGCGUGUUUACUUGUAUAGCCAAGAUUCUACAUAGAAAUAUGACAUAUGGGGGGGGGGGAGAAGAAAGGAUUGUCAUGAAGACUGUUCCACCAUUUGAUCGCUUAGCUCACAAGAAUUAGGUCCACCUAACAAAAAAACAAAAAAUGAAACUAUUUUUAAUUCAUUGCAGAAUUUUGAAGAGAACAUCAUGAAAGUUCAACUUUAAUCACAGAAUUCUGAUUUAGAAUUUCAAGAUGAAAUGUCUUGUGGCACUAAUCCUCUGAGUGGUUUUGGCCAUUCGCUUAGAUUUUUUUAUAUGAACUUCCAAUAUAUUCAUUGCUGUAAUUGAUGAUUUUUAUAUUAUGGGACAAAUUUAAAAGAUGUAUAUAGCAGUAGCUUGAGCUGCUGCGUCUAUUUUAUGCUUAUGUUCAUUUUGUUGGGCCUUAUUUUUUGUUUCUUUUCUUCUUUCAUAAUUAAAAUUGAAGGGGAAAGGUAGGGGGGUUAAAGUAUAAUAAUCCAACAAUGUAUUAUAUUUGAACUGUGCAGUGAAGAUGUUCUCUUAUAUGAAACACACAAUGGUAUAAUGUUUUAGAUUUAGAAGAUUAGAUUAGUUGUUAGGGUGAGCUAUCUCAUUUUUUAUCAAAUCAUAUUCUGAUUUUUAUUAAAUCUUUACAAAUAAUGUAAUCACAAUGUAGAUACUGUCAUUCCACUAUAUUAUAUACAUAUGAAGAGUUCAUUUGCAAAAACAGAUAACUCCGUUUUGAUAAAUUUUCAGAAAACGUUUUAUUUUAUUGUUUACUUGAGAUAAUAUCAAUCAAACUGAAGUGGAGUGAAUUUGACUCAGUUGAAAAAUACAUGACAAAAUAGAGAAAAAAUAAAUUAUUAGUGUUAUUAUUAAUAUUACCUCAAGAAAACAAUAAAAAUUAGGUUUCUGAAAAUUUAUAAAACGGAGUUACCUGUUGUUGCAAAUGAACUCUUCAUAUAUAUAUAUAUACAUACAUAUAUACAAAGUUUUGUUUUGUUUGUCAACUGUACUAUUUUGCACAUGCAACUUGUAAUUUUCACUUAAAGCUGAGACAUAUCAGUGUUGUAACUGAACUGUAAUUUUUCUUUUUUUUUUUUUUUCCUUUCCAAAUCGGUUGUACUGUUUCUGAUUCUUUGUCCGUCCUCUCAUGGCAUCCUUUCUAGACUAUUCUUUAUGUUAUUUUCUAGAAGUCAACCUUUAAUCUUUGAAAAUUAACUGUUUGAAUAUUACAAUACUAAAUAAAUAUGAGGACAUAAAUGAUUUGUGAACAGGCUAAUCUAUGAUGUAAAUACAAGUUAAUCUAAUAAAUCGGUGGUGUACUUGAAAAGCACUACAUGGGCGACAGGAGAGCUGCAUUGCAAGCCAGCCUACAGGCAUCUCCUGUGCCACAUUCUGUUUACAACUACUCCCAAUUAGUAGUGUCAUUACAUAUCUCCCUUUUUGUAUUUAUAACAAAUUAGAUAGGAAAAAAAAAAAGUCUCAAAUGCAUCACAUUAUGAAAACGGCAGCAGUGAGAACUUCGGGGCCUCUUCGCCCCGCCUGUUCAAACCUUUGUGUGCUGUGUGUGAGGACUGCUGAUCAGAAAUUGGAUGGCUUGUAGCCCUCACUAUGCUGAAUGUCUGCCUCCGCAACUACUUUAUACAAGCUCUGCUUCCAGUAGGUGUUGUGGUUCAAAACAAGGCUUCCUACCCAGUCAUUGUAUGUGCAUGUACUAUGGUUCUUCCACUAAUCAAUAACCAUUAAUAAAGUUUUGUUUUCUCAA